UUAUAAAAUUUUUGGAGUUUACUCCUUAAGAAUCGAUUUACAUAUAUAGGCCCGGGGUAUGAAAAUUAUGGGGACCAAAAUCGUACUAGAGAGUAUAGCAUGUCACACGAAAUGCGUUAUGCGCUAUAGUCUGACCAUUCCCCACCACACGGUAUGCUCGGCUCCAUGUACUUGUAUAUGUUUAGUAUAUAUCUGUGUGUGUAUAAUAGCAUACACAUUAUACAUGUACAGUGUAGCGCCUGCAUAACUAUAUCAAUACAUUUCUAAACAUUUAUUUAUUCGAUAUUAACCUACAAACACUUUGAACUUGCGGAGAUAUUGUUUUAAAUUUUAUAAUUUAUUUAUAAUCGAUAUAAAUAUAAAUUUGUGUCAGUUGAAUACAGUAAAAUAUGGAAGUUACGUAUUCUAGUGAGAAUGAUCCGGGAGUUGCGGAACACGUGGAUGCGGUAAUUAAUCCUGAAACCUGUCCAUCAACAACAACCGGUCAUAAAAAAACUCAAGCAAUUCGACAACGAGAAUACAGACUUCGGAUGAAAGAAAAGUCUGGGCCUAAAAAACAGAAAGAGGACAGACCAGCCAAAAAGUCCGCAGCGGAGCGUCAACGGGAAUGCAGGUUGAGAAAAAAACUCCGAGCGAAUCAAAACAUCAACGCAGAGUCAAACUCAGACGUUACUGAAAUUUUACCGAGGCAAGAUGCAGGACCUUCCAACUACUUGACAUCGGUAACUACAGCACAGGUGGUACCUUCAAGUCCUGAUGAUGGACCUGUCAUUACACACCACGAAGUAGUUAUUGAGACUGCACCGGUAUCAACAAAAAAACGUCAAAACGUACAACAGCACGAAAGUGUUAGUGAUGUGUACAAAAAAAAAAGGAAACCAAAUCAAACCAGAAACCUUAAUUUUGAUGAGAUUUGUCAGCUUCCCAGCCAACCUAUACUGACUCCUCGUUUGCUAACUAAUGAAAUGGAAAUUUUACAACCAGCCGAGAAUGAAUUCAUUGAAAAUGAAGACAAUAUCAACAUGUCUGAAGAGUCAACAUCGGAGCCAAAUUCUAGCCUGCCAUACCGUAGCUAUCAAACUCAUAAAUCAGCACAUAAGCUAUUUAAAAAAAAGAUCCUACAGAAUUCCUUUGGUCACGCCUGUAAUGUUUGUGAUCGUUUAUGGUUUUUAGAAGAUCUUAAAUGUGGAUCAGCAGAUGAAGAAAUCUUACUUAAACGAAUUACGAAUUUUACGGAUGUCACUCAAGUCAUGAUGUGCAAAACUUGCAGAGCCAGUAUCUUAAAAGGCAAUAUUCCCUUUUUAGCUACGUAUAAUGGUUUUAAAUAUCCACAAAGACCAGUGGAUUUGCCGGAAUUGGAUAUUAUUGCUGAGAGAGACUUAUUUCACCAAGGCUUCCGUUUAUGCAAAUACGUAGAUUACGCCAUUUCAAUGGUCAAUUUGCUAUAA